GAUGCAUUUGUGUUAUGGGACACUUAUGGCUUUCCAUUAGAUCUUACUCAGUUGAUGGCUGAAGAAAGAGGCUUGGCAGUUGACAUCAAUGGUUUUAACAUAGCCAUGAAUGAAGCAAGGGAAAGAUCAAGAAAUGCUCAGAAUAAGCAAGCUGGUAUUGGUAUCAUAAUGGAUGCUGAUGCUACCACAGCUUUGCACAAGAAAGGGGUUGUUGCAACAAAUGACACAUUCAAGUAUACAUGGUUUCAGGACCAUGAAAGUGAGAUAAAAGCUAUUUAUGGAGAGAAUGAGUUCUUUGAAAGUGCUUCUGGUGAUGUUAGAGUUGGUAUCAUUCUUGAAUCUACAAGCUUUUAUGCAGAGCAAGGUGGUCAGAUAUAUGAUACUGGAUUUCUUGAAGGCCCUUCAGGGUUGUUCAAAGUUAGUGAUGUGCAAGUCUUUGGAGGAUUUGUUGUUCAUGUUGGUUCUUUCUGUGGAGAGACUGAUAGAUUCAGCAUUGGUGAUAGAGUUGUUUGUAAGGUUGAUUAUGACAGGCGUUCCCUUCUUGCUCCCAACCACACAUGUACACACAUGCUAAAUUUUGCUCUGAGGGAAGUACUUGGAAACCAUGUCGAUCAGAAAGGUUCUAUUGUUCUUCCUGAAAAACUAAGAUUCGACUUUUCUCAUGGUAAGCCUGUAAAGCCUGAGGAACUUAGAAAAAUUGAAACCAUUGUGAAUGAACAAAUUAAAGCAGAAAUGGAUGUAUUCUCAAAGGAGGCAAAAUUAGAUGAUGCAAAGCGCAUCAAUGGUUUACGAGCAGUUUUUGGAGAAGUUUACCCUGACCCAGUCAGAAUAGUUGCCAUUGGACAAAGUGUGGAAGAUCUGCUGGCAGAUCCAGAGAAUCAAAAUUGGUUAUCAAUAUCCGCGGAGCUCUGUGGAGGGACCCAUAUUUCAAACACUCGAGAGGCCAAAGCUUUUGCUCUUUUGUCUGAAGAAGGAAUUGCCAAGGGAAUUCGUAGAAUAACUGCUGUCACCACAGUUUCUGCAUUGAAUGCUAUGGAAUUGGCUUCUUUAAUUGAGCAUGAAGUAAAUGAAACAUUUAAGUCUGAAGGAGCCUUACUGGAACAGAGAGUCACUAAAUUGAAUGGUCGUGUAGAAGGUGCUGUUAUUCCAACAGUGAAGAAGGCUGAUCUCAAGGCCAAACUUUCUCUACUUCAGAAUCACAUCAUUAAAGCCAAAAAGAAGAUUGCUGAAGAAAAUACCCAGAAUGCUGUUAAAGUUGCAUUAGAGGAGGCAGAAGUUUCUUCGUCUGAUGGAAAGGCCUACUGCCUAACUCAUGUCAAUGUUGGUGGAGAUACUGCUGCAAUCCGUGAAGCAGUUCUUAAAGUGACAGAACAGAAGGGCAUGGCUAUUAUGGUCAUCAGUAAAGAUGAUGCUGCAAACAAGGUUGUGGUGUGCGCUGGGGUUCCAGAGAAAAAUGAUCAGUACAAGCAGCUGAAUGCUAAGGAGUGGCUAAGGGUUGCUUUGGAGCCUUUGAGUGGAAAAGGAGGAGGAAAGGGUUGUCUUGCUCAAGGGCAGGGAUCUGGCAUAUCGCACGUGUCGGAAGCUAUGGACAUUGCAGCUUCUUUUGCUACAUUGAAGCUUAAUCAAUAGAAAGAUUGUGGAGACCUUUUGUUAGUUGAGUCCAUAUUCUACAAAUGGAGCAUUUGUUGAGUCUGUAAGCCACAAAAAAGAAUCUGUCAUACAAAAGUUAAUCUGCCUAGUUGUGAUGGAAGUCAAAGAAGAGGUGCCUAGUUGUGUAGUAUUGCAACUGGCAUUGGUGCUAAAGACGUUUAGAAGUCUUCAUCUACGCACCUCAGCUUUUCGUGAACCUCACCAAGAUGCGGGCAGUGCCAGCGGAUUUCGCACUGUAUUAUUUUACUUGGAACUCAAAGAAAGAUGGCGAUAUUGGCGUCCAUGAUAUUUCUCUACUCAGGUGCAAUGUAAUUAUAAAGGCAGCAAAAAUCUUAGGUCUAAUAGACAUUUGUGUUGGCCCAUUUCUUUGGGGAGUUUAGUGCUCGGCUGAGUAACAUUAAACUCUAAUAUGUGAUUUAGUAGGAAAUCUAGCUUAUUAUUUCUAUGGAAACUCCUCUGCCGUUUACCCUCC